AUGUCUGCAAGCAUAAGCACCUAUGACCUCGCUGUCCCAAUUCUAGUGAGAAACCUGGAGCUGCUCAACACCAUCAUCGACAAGGCAAUCAAACAUGCAGAAGAAAAGGGCAAAGAUCCGGAAUCAUUCCUCGAAGCACAUAUCAUCGAUGACAUGCUGCCGCUCUCCUUCCAACUCCAAACCUGCAACCGCACAGCCCAAGGCAUGCUCCCCCUCAUAACCAGCCCCGCCAUCGAAGCCGAUAAAGACCACAAAGAUAACAUCGAAGAACCCAAAACUCUCGCCGAACACAAGACUCGAAUCAACUACACGAUCUCCCUUCGGCGAUCUCUCAAGAAAGAAGACUUCGUCGAAGCUUCCACCGAAACCCGCCUCCCCGUCCCACCUUCGUACCAGUCCUCCUUUCCCGGAGCAUCGAAAGGCUACGUUAAGUUCACAGCUUUAUCAUAUUUGCAGAAAUAUGUCUUACCGACGUUCUUCUUUCAUAUGGUUACUGCUUAUGAUAUUUUGAGGAAGGAAGGGGUGCCGGUUGGGAAGUUUGAUUUUUUGGGAGCGGAGGAUUUUGAGGGGUGGGAGAUGUAG